AUGUCGCCAUACGAUUCAACACAUCCUUCUCGCCCAGCGCUAGCGAGAAAGCGUACCUCGGAAAGAGAGCCCACGGAAAAGCCUGCACUCGAUCCUGAAUCGCCCUCCGACAGCCAAGAUGGCAAAGGAAGGACAAGGGCACGCAUCAACAUGGCCUGCAUUCACUGCCGUCACCGGAAAAUCAAGUGCGACGGAUCCCAACCAGCAUGUGCUACCUGCGUGCGUCUGCGCAGGGAGUGCGAAUACGAACCCGUCACAGAGUACGAGAACCUCAUGUCUCGAGAGCGUAAGCGACGAAACAAGGAGAAGAAGGCGGCGCGCAUGGCCUCGCUUGGCAUCUUUGCCGGCCAUUCACCCUUGUCCAUGUUGCAUCCCACUACCACGCUUGGUAUGCCUUCAUCAUCGCUCCAUCAUUACAGCGACCUUUCGCAACCCAGCUUAACGCCUUUGUUCCUAUCGACGACAGACGAAGGCCAAGAUGUCGAGUCGCAGUUUGGUCCGCGCCGACGUCGCGGCAUCUCUGAUACGCGAGCAGCUACCUUGCAGCACCGGCUGGGCGCCAUGACCUCCCAAAUUCUUGAACCGGCCGUCCAACAAGCCUCUGUGUCGCAACCACACACACCUGUGCAGGCACAUCGCUUCUUUGAGUCGCUCGCAUCUCUACCAGUGCAGCACGAAAUCCCCUCGGCUGCAACCGAAUAUUAUUCUGGGCCCUUGUCAGCACCAUUGAUGCCACCGGCUAGCUCAGCACCUUUCUCCGCUCUGCCAACACCUACGACUUCUACUGCGCUUUCUUACCACGAGCAAAUGACGACGUCGCAUCAGAUCCUCGAUCUUAUGGGUCUCGGCUCGUCCUCUUCGAUGCCCACUCUCCCCUCUGGACGUGUCAGCGCCAACGAGGCCGACUUAGACUUGGGAAUAGUCGACAUGUCGGGCGUUCCUACGGUGGUACCCACUUCGGCGCACGUUCGUCCGGUUGACCUUCCUGCACCUCAUGGACAUUUCGACUUCGCUAGCGUCCCGUUUCCCACGCUCGAGACCUUCUCGUUGGAGCUUCCGUUUGCUUCUUUGCGCAGGCGUAGCUCUAUCCAUCUUCCUGUCGGAACCGCCGAUGCAUUCAGAAGGCCUUCGGUGGCAGAGAUCGCCACGGCUGCGCUCAUGCAAAAAGUAGCCGUCAAACGCGCCGAAAAAUUCAACACCAAGCAACUCGCUGAUGAACUGCUGACUCCAGACACCACCGGUAUUGUAGCAUGGAAUGCCCACGUCCAAUCGCAAAUGCCUGCCUUUCUGGAUUCGUGGAGCGGCUUCCACCAUGCAAGCGACGUGAUUUCAUCCCAACCGGCGAGCACAUCGGACUACGUCAACCCUGACGUGACAGCAGGUCGCUCCAAUUCGGAGGGCCUUGUCUCCCUUGGCCCUUUGUCACCGCCUUCCGUGCUGGCCUCUGGUUUGGUCAACGUCGGAAACGAGCCCGUCACCGAGGAAGUUAGCACAGCCUCAUCUUGCAGCACUGCCGACACCGCGUCACUCAAUGCGGAAACUUCCAGGCUGGAGCACUCUUACUUUGCUGGCGCCACAGUGAAAGGCGGUCAGGCCUCGCGCGAGAUUUCGCCAUUCGCGCUCUCUCCUUUGUCGGCCAACAGCAGCGCUGGUAACCACAGCUCGCUACUACCACAGGGGGACUGGUCCUCAUCGGUGCCCUUGCUUUCCCCCGUCACGGAACUCAACAACACUUUCCACAGUUUCAACAUCUUCCCCACCGCCACCUCGGCCGCUGACUAUCCACACCAGUUCAAGACUGAAGACGACGGCCCCCUUUCAAUGGCUUUCCACCCAAACUUUUGA